UUGGCGUGUGGAAAAUGCCACCAGAUGGCGGGUUAGGAUUGCAGCUCCGUUGAAGGCGCGGCCCCCGCUCCCGAACCCCCGGCGACCACCCCGUAACAACCCCCCCACAUCGGGAAUAACACACCGGAGACUUUUGGGGGGAAACUAGGUCGACAGUCGGCGGCGCCCGGAUGGGCAGCUGAGGAUUGCCUUUGAGGUUAUUUUAAAAGUUUUGAGUUGUACAGCACUUGAUUAUUUUGCUGCAUUGUGAAAGGACCUCUCCAGCAAUGAUUACUUCAGAAUUACCAGUGUUACAGGAUUCAACUAAUGAAACUACUGCCCAUUCCGAUGCUGGCAGCGAGCUUGAAGAAACAGAGGUCAAAGGAAAAAGAAAAAGGGGUCGUCCUGGCCGGCCUCCAUCUACAAAUAAGAAACCUCGAAAAUCUCCAGGUGAGAAGAGCAGAAUUGAAGCUGGAAUUAGAGGAGCAGGCCGUGGAAGAGCUAAUGGACACCCUCAACAGAAUGGGGAAGGGGAGCCUGUCACAUUAUUUGAGGUGGUGAAACUGGGGAAAAGUGCAAUGCAGAGCCUUCAUGUUGUUUGCAUUCACUUGGUUGGAAGGGGAGAGAGAAAGAGAAGCAGUGUCUACUUCUUAGAAGCCUUUGGCCCCUCUAUUUACAUUCCAUUGAUGGGAACUUACCACAUACUCAGUCCGUGGUGGAUGACUGGAUUGAAUCAUAUAAACAAGACAGGGACAUCGCACUUCUGGAUUUAAUCAACUUUUUUAUCCAGUGUUCAGGAUGUCGAGGUACUGUGAGAAUAGAGAUGUUUCGAAAUAUGCAGAAUGCAGAAAUCAUCAGAAAAAUGACUGAAGAAUUUGAUGAGGACAGUGGUGAUUAUCCUCUUACCAUGCCUGGACCUCAGUGGAAAAAAUUUCGUUCAAACUUUUGUGAAUUUAUUGGAGUCCUGAUUCGACAGUGUCAGUAUAGCAUAAUUUAUGAUGAGUAUAUGAUGGACACAGUAAUCUCCCUUUUGACGGGUUUGUCAGACUCCCAGGUCAGAGCUUUUAGGCAUACAAGUACCCUGGCUGCCAUGAAGCUCAUGACUGCUCUGGUGAAUGUUGCCUUAAACCUCAGUAUUCAUCAGGAUAAUACCCAGAGACAAUAUGAAGCCGAGAGAAAUAAAAUGAUUGGGAAGAGAGCCAAUGAAAGGUUGGAGUUACUACUUCAGAAACGCAAAGAGCUACAAGAAAAUCAGGAUGAAAUCGAAAAUAUGAUGAACUCUAUUUUUAAGGGUAUAUUUGUUCAUAGAUACCGUGAUGCUAUUGCUGAGAUUAGAGCCAUUUGUAUUGAAGAAAUUGGAGUAUGGAUGAAAAUGUAUAGUGAUGCCUUCCUAAAUGACAGUUACCUGAAAUAUGUUGGCUGGACUCUUCAUGACAGGCAAGGGGAAGUCAGGCUGAAGUGUUUGAAAGCUCUACAGAGUCUGUAUACCAAUAGAGAAUUAUUCCCCAAAUUGGAACUAUUCACUAACCGAUUCAAGGAUCGCAUUGUAUCAAUGACACUUGAUAAAGAAUAUGAUGUUGCUGUGGAAGCUAUUCGAUUGGUUACUCUGAUACUUCAUGGAAGUGAAGAAGCUCUUUCCAAUGAAGACUGUGAAAAUGUUUACCACUUGGUGUACUCAGCACAUCGCCCUGUUGCUGUGGCAGCUGGAGAGUUCCUUCACAAAAAGCUAUUUAGCAGACAUGACCCACAAGCAGAAGAAGCAUUAGCAAAGAGGAGGGGAAGAAACAGCCCGAAUGGAAACCUCAUUAGGAUGCUGGUUCUUUUCUUUCUUGAAAGUGAGUUACAUGAACAUGCAGCCUACUUGGUAGACAGUUUAUGGGAGAGCUCUCAAGAACUGUUGAAAGACUGGGAAUGUAUGACAGAGUUGCUGUUAGAAGAACCUGUUCAAGGAGAGGAAGCAAUGUCUGAUCGUCAAGAGAGUGCUCUUAUAGAGCUAAUGGUUUGUACAAUUCGUCAAGCUGCUGAGGCACAUCCUCCAGUGGGAAGGGGUACCGGCAAGAGAGUGCUAACUGCCAAAGAAAGGAAAACUCAAAUUGAUGAUAGAAACAAAUUGACUGAACAUUUUAUUAUUACACUUCCUAUGUUACUGUCAAAGUAUUCUGCAGAUGCAGAGAAGGUAGCAAACUUGCUACAAAUCCCACAGUAUUUUGAUUUAGAAAUCUACAGCACAGGUAGAAUGGAAAAGCAUCUGGAUGCUUUGUUAAAACAGAUUAAGUUUGUUGUGGAGAAACAUGUAGAAUCAGAUGUUCUAGAAGCCUGCAGUAAAACCUAUAGCAUCUUAUGCAGUGAAGAAUAUACCAUCCAGAACAGAGUUGACAUAGCUCGAAGCCAGCUGAUUGAUGAGUUUGUAGAUCGAUUCAAUCAUUCUGUGGAAGACCUAUUGCAAGAGGGAGAAGAAGCUGAUGAUGAUGACAUUUACAAUGUUCUUUCUACAUUAAAGCGGUUAACUUCUUUUCACAAUGCACAUGAUCUCACAAAAUGGGAUCUCUUUGGUAAUUGCUACAGAUUAUUGAAGACUGGAAUUGAACAUGGAGCCAUGCCGGAACAGAUAGUCGUGCAAGCACUGCAGUGUUCCCAUUAUUCGAUUCUUUGGCAGUUGGUGAAAAUUACUGAUGGUUCUCCUUCCAAAGAGGAUUUGUUGGUAUUGAGGAAAACGGUGAAAUCCUUUUUGGCUGUUUGCCAGCAGUGCCUGUCUAAUGUUAAUACUCCAGUGAAAGAACAGGCUUUCAUGUUACUCUGUGAUCUUCUGAUGAUUUUCAGCCACCAAUUAAUGACAGGUGGCAGAGAAGGCCUUCAGCCUUUGGUGUUUAAUCCAGAUACUGGACUCCAGUCUGAACUCCUCAGUUUUGUGAUGGAUCACGUUUUUAUUGACCAAGACGAGGAGAACCAGAGCAUGGAGGGUGAUGAAGAAGAUGAAGCUAAUAAAAUUGAGGCCUUACAUAAAAGAAGGAAUCUACUUGCUGCUUUCAGCAAACUUAUCAUUUAUGACAUUGUUGACAUGCAUGCAGCUGCAGACAUCUUCAAACACUACAUGAAGUAUUACAAUGACUAUGGUGAUAUUAUUAAGGAAACACUGAGUAAAACCAGGCAGAUUGAUAAAAUUCAGUGUGCCAAGACUCUCAUUCUCAGUUUGCAACAGUUAUUUAAUGAACUUGUUCAAGAGCAAGGUCCCAACCUAGAUAGGACGUCUGCCCAUGUCAGUGGCAUUAAAGAACUGGCACGUCGCUUUGCCCUUACAUUUGGAUUGGACCAGAUUAAGACACGAGAAGCAGUUGCCACACUUCACAAGGAUGGCAUAGAGUUUGCAUUUAAAUACCAAAAUCAGAAAGGACAAGAGUAUCCACCUCCUAAUCUGGCUUUUCUUGAAGUACUAAGUGAAUUUUCUUCUAAACUUCUUCGACAGGACAAAAAGACGGUUCAUUCAUACCUGGAGAAAUUCCUUACCGAGCAGAUGAUGGAAAGGAGGGAAGAUGUAUGGCUUCCACUCAUCUCCUAUAGAAAUUCAUUAGUCACUGGGGGUGAAGAUGAUAGAAUGUCUGUGAACAGUGGAAGUAGCAGCAGCAAAACCUCAUCAGUAAGGAAUAAGAAAGGACGACCUCCACUUCAUAAAAAACGAGUAGAAGAUGAGAGUCUGGACAACACGUGGCUAAACAGGACUGACACCAUGAUUCAGACUCCUGGCCCCCUGCCAGCACCACAACUCACAUCCACUGUACUGCGGGAGAACAGCCGGCCCAUGGGAGACCAGAUUCAAGAACCUGAGUCUGAACAUGGUUCUGAACCAGACUUUUUACACAAUCCUCAGAUGCAGAUCUCUUGGUUAGGCCAGCCGAAGUUAGAAGACUUAAAUCGGAAGGACAGAACAGGAAUGAACUACAUGAAAGUGAGAACUGGAGUGAGGCAUGCUGUUCGGGGUCUAAUGGAGGAAGAUGCUGAGCCCAUCUUUGAAGAUGUGAUGAUGUCAUCCCGAAGCCAGUUAGAAGAUAUGAAUGAAGAAUUUGAGGAUACUAUGGUUAUUGAUCUGCCUCCAUCAAGAAAUCGGCGAGAGAGAGCUGAGCUAAGGCCAGACUUCUUUGACUCUGCAGCUAUCAUAGAAGAUGAUUCAGGAUUUGGAAUGCCUAUGUUCUGAAGUCUGAAGAAAAUUUACAAAUCUGGAACUCUAUUAUUUAGAGCUAGAGGCCUAUAUACUGUGAUAGCUUGUAUGGGGAAAAACACUUUUCAUGUGAUCUGAUUUGUUUUUUAAUCAAAUGAUUAAGGUCAAUCCCUUUUUGCAGUGACAGAAGAGGAGCACGUAAAUUACCCAAGGGAAUGUUGGUGAAUGUCAACUCAGAAAGACUGACCUGAAAAUCAUUUGUGUCCUACUAUUGGACUUAUCCCAAUACAGAUGUGUGUGUUUUUCUGGAGGGAGGAAGAAAUUUUAAAUUUUUAAAACAGCUGUCAAGAUAAACACUGUUAUACACUUGUUUUAUGAAAACUCAACAUUGAGUAAAAAAAAAAAAAUAUUUUUAACUUUAUUUUCCUGUUGUACAAUUUAAAAACCGUUUUAACAUUUUGCCUUUUUAUGUUUUAAAAGCUAACCAUUUUUAUUAAACCUAUGAGUAAGCAGCUCAUCCUAAUUGCCGAAGAGUGUUUUGGAGUUCACUGGAUUUGGUUGACCUUUGUGGAACACAAAUAAUGAAGGAGCAGAACACUGACAAGCUAAGAUGAAAUUCUGACAUAGUGCAUCUCUGCCAAAAACCACACACCCUCUGUGGAUAUGGAUAUGAAUUCCCAGAUUUUAUAUACUCUUGAAUAAAAAGGUUUAUUUUUAUUUAUAAGUAAGUGGGCAUAAAAUAAGAAAUGUCCAUGCAGCCAUUUUUCCAACAGAUGCUGUACACCAUUCAUUUUAUAUAGACUAGGGAGAUUCAAAUACAGUGCAUUUUCUAUUGGUAUUUGUUCUGUGCAUUUUUAGCAACUUCUACCAGCAAAUAAAGUAUUCUCAGUAAAAUGAAAAUGAUUCUCAAGUUAUCAGUUUGCUGUUUUUACCACUUAUUUAUUUCAUGCCCUGCCAAAUUCAAGUUACACAGACUUCCAUUUUAAGAUAAUCAUGAAGAAAUCCUUUAUCAUUCAAAAGUAAUUUUAAGUGUAACAUAACUGUGUCUACUUCCCAUGCACUUAAUACCCUUAUGCGCUAAUUUUGUGAAUUAAGUUUACUGAUUAUAGAAUUAUGUGCCGCAUAGAAGUCUGUGCUUAGAGGGUGAAGUUCCUAAGCUUACCUUGAAUUACAGCUACAUUUCAGUGUUAAAUGUGCAUAUUAAGAAUAAUUCUUUUGGGGAAAGAAAUUAAUUAUGAAUCUUCAGGACAGUCUACAAUGGUUUAGAGUUACAUUCUGCCUAGACUUUUAUGACUUGCUGCUAUUGUUUUAAAAACCCCACUUAUUUCCAAACCAAUCCAUCCACAGCUGUUUCUGGGCUGGUUUUUAAAGUAGCUGCAACAGAAUCAUGAGGCUUUCCCUUUUUAUCAAAUACGAAAAACAUUUUUAAAAAUUCUGCACACCCAGUGAUCAUCUUUUGUGCGGGAAAGCAAGAUAGAUAGAUGAUUUUAUUCAUCCUUUUAGUAAAGACACAAAACAGAUUUUUCUCAACAUUUGUACAGUUCUGAAAAAACCUGGUCACCAAAAAUAUUUUCUCUGCUAAUUCAGCAAUUCUUGGGCUCCAGUUAGGGGAGCUGGGGCCUCACCUUCUCCCAGAAUUGUGGGCUUCACUGGAAGUGAAGGUGCAGGAAUGACUGAACUGUCCACCCCAGCCCUGCCUGCCUGUGGUUUCGGCUGGGGAGCAAGCCAUGAGGUGCCCUGGCACAUGCACAAACUGAUGCUUUGCAUGACAGUCUUGUAUGGAAAACAGAUGCUGACAGAAUUGUAGACUACCAUGCCACACAGAGAGGCUAAAUAUCUACUCCAAUGGGUUUCCAGUUCAGUUUGAAGUCAAUCAAAUUUUUGUAUUUUCGGUGUCUCCUUGAUUGGUUUUGCUAGUAAUUCUGUAAAUUGUACAUUUGCAAUAUGAGGUUUUUUUUCCUUUUGUACAAUUUGAAACUGAUGCUUCACCUUUCCUUUAAUAAACUAUUCAAAAUCAG